AUGGAUAAAGGAAAAGGCAAAAGAAUUUGCUUGUACAGAGCUGUGGGAAUGAAUGUAAGGUUGAUUUUUGGAUUUUUUGAUAUUUUCUUGUGCGGAAAAAAGAAGCAAAAAAAAAACCUUAACAAGUCGACCGACAUAAAGCAUUUUGCUAUGAGAAUGAAGACGAUCCACAUUUUAUUAAUGUUAGGACAAAAAAUAAUGAAAAAAGAAAUCAAAUUUAUGAUAUGCACUUACACAUAUCUAAAUAUAUAUCAACGGUAUGACCUGGACCGUAAAAUGAAUGAGAAAUCACCUUUCACAUCAUCGCAGCACAUGUCGAAACUCACACGACAUGUUGAAACAUAA